AUGGGCCUGGAAGUAGCGCCUCAAAAAUUCGAGGCGCUCUUCCUAUACCGGGGGGAGCAUGGUGCUCCCCCGAAAACGACCCAUGUCGUGGUGGAUGGCACCUCCGUUCGGGUGGGGACCCAGUUGAAGUAUUUGGGUCUCUACCUGGACGAUACCUGGAGCUUCGACGGGCGCUUUGCGCGUCUGGCCCCCAGGGCGAAGGCGAUGGCUCACGCAUUGAGCCGCCUCCUUCCCAGUUUGGGUGGACCGGACGGCAGAGUGCGCCGUCUAUAUGCGACAACCGUCCGAGCGGUGGCCCUUUAUGGGUCACCAAUUUGGGCGGAUGCCCUGAUGGCGAGUAGGCGCGGCAAGAUGAUGCUGCGCCGAAUAUUUCGGAGGAUCGCCAUCAGGGUCAUCCGCGGUUACCGGACGGUGUCGCAUGCGGCGGCCUCUGUCCUGGCGGGACUGCCGCCCAUUGAGCUGUACGCCCAAAUGUACGCGGAGGUGUACGGGCGUACAAAAGAGCUCGGUGGGCUAGGCGUGGUGUUGAUCCCGCGGGUCAGAGCUGCCGUGAGGCUCCAGGCUUGGCGACGUAUGCUGGAGUAG